GGGUUGAAGGUGCUGGACAUAAUGAUGUUGAAAUGUUUGGUCAAUAUUUAGACAGAUUAAAACAAUUUGUGUCAGUUGAACUUGUUAACUGACAAAAAGUAAAGAAAUCACCUAUUUUAAAUAAUCAAGAGGCUGAUUCAGGUGACGACAUUUUAAAUAAUAUUGAUAUGAGUGAAGAUGAAUCUGUAACGAUGAGUUCUAACUCCAAUACACACAAUUCUACUACCGAAAAAUUACUCUAGCAUACAAUGCCUGGUGGAAGCUUUAAUCAUUCUUCAAAAGCUGAUGAAAAAAUUUUGAAUUCUCAAAAAACUACUAAAAGUCUUAGUACUAAGAAAUCAUCAGCUGCAAAAUGUGAUUCAAAAAAUGAAAAAGCUAAACCAGGCAAAGCAACAAACGUAAUUAAUGAUUCAUCCUCCACACAACUUGUUGCAAUAACAAAUGAAAAAUCAAGACAACUGCAGCAACAAACAACAAAAAAAUCUUUAAAUUUCAUUAAAGCUUGUUCUUCUUCUAAUUCUGUAUCCCCAUCAAAGUUGCCACCACCACCUUCUCCGCCAACACUUUCAAAAACUGAUGCAAAAACCUUUUUGAAAAUUGAAAAUCGUGAAAAAGAAAAAAUGAUGUGUGAAGCAAUAGCUACUAUAUCUGAUAAUAAUAAAAAAAAUAUUUCUGCAAAUUCUUUAAAACCACAAAAAUCAUCUUUACAAUCCAACAAAUCUAAACCCGAUUCAAUAUGCUGUACAUUGUGCUCAUCAAGUGAUGUGAAUGAAAUUACUUUAAAAAUUAAAGCAUGUCAGAGUUGUAACAACGUUUCAAUCGACCAAAUAAAUUGUAGCGGGCAAAUUCUGAGUUCACCAAACGAUAUUAUUUCAACUUUGACUGGGCAAAGUUCAAUUAAUUUUAACUACCAAAGUCAACAACCACCUCCAGUUAGCACAGUACAACAAUGUUAUCAUCACUUAACUAAUAUUACACAAAAAUUACGCAAUAUGUAUAAAAACCAAAUUCACACAUCUCAAUCGCAAUCAUCGUCCCAACGUUCAUCAAUAGUAACAAUACCAGAGCAAGAUAUACCUAUGGAAUUUUUUAAAACACAACAAACAGAUGCAAAAUCACAAUUAAAUUCUUCGAAACAUUUUCAUUUUUCCGUAAAAAAGACCUCACCAAAUACGGAUCAGCCUCAAUCUGAAAAACAAUCAAAUAAUUCUACAAUAAAUUUAAUUUCUUCCAAACCAAAUAUAUCAUCAAUUUUCAACAAUACAAGUAAUAUAUCCAAAUCAAAAUAUAAUCAGAAGCAAGAAACUUCUAGUAAAUGUAAUAUUAAUGGAGACGUUUUAGUUUUAAAAAUUUGUGAUUUAGAUCAUAGUUCAAAUUUGUCUAACAAAAAGUGUGAAAGUAUGGGUAAAGUAGUUGAAACGACAAAAGCAGUAAAGUUGAGUGAUUUGAAUGAUUUUGACCAUGAAAAGUCAUCCAACAGAAAUAAUAGCAAUAAUAACAAUAAUAAUGAAAUCUCAUUUAUCAAAAAAGACUGUCAACAUGAAAAUUUCAAUCCCUUACGGCGUCAAAGUAGCGUAGACGUUGCAACAUCUCCUUCGUUGUGUUCUCCAGCUCAGGAAGUCACCGUAUUUAACUUAAGUCCAGAUGAAAUUAAAGUUGAAAAAAUAACAUCACCAGCACCUAUUACUAUUUCUCCUACAUAUUUUUCAGAUAAUAAUAAGAAAUUAAAGAUCUCUUUAAAACGAAAUGAUUCAUAUCAAAGUGGUGAUUCUGGAAAAUUAUCACCUUCUCAGAUGUCAUUCCCAAAAAUUUCGCUACCUUCAAGAGGUAGUUGUGAAAAAAGAUCACCAAAAAGUCAUCAAUUGCAGAAAUCUCCAUCAGGAACAAAUUAUCAAUUGAAACAAAAUAAAAUAAAGAUUCCUCGUAAAACUCAAAGUUUUCAGGGUGAUGAUAUUCCAACAACCGACAGGUCGAAAAAUUUGGUCAAUAAAUCUUAUCGCAAAAUAAUGGUUAUGUCCGAAUAUAAUAAGGACAAGAAUAAAAUAAAAUAUAAUAAACAUUCAGAUUUUUUGAAUUCAAAUUUAAACCAUCGUCGUAGCUUGAUGAAAAAAUCAAAACAACAAAACUCUGAAAUAUCAAAGUCACUAGAUAUACUAUUACCCUCAGAUAUCUUGAAUGAUUUUUCCGAUCUCCCAGAUUCAUUCUUUAAUCUUCCACCUUACACCCUAACAUCAAAAUCAACAAGUAAUUUGAAUGCAAUUGUUAAUGACUAUGACGAUGAUGACGAAGGACCUUUUGAACAUAUCAAUUCGGUUGAAUUAAUUUUUAUAUCUGAUGAAUUUUUAAAUAAAGCUGUUAAACAUGAUCUUAAAAUUAUUAACUGUACUACAGAUUUAAAUGAAAAGGUAAGGUCGCCUAUAGAAAUUAAAGUAAGUAAACCGAAUGUUUCAUCAACUUCAUCAUCCAAAACAAGUUCCAAAAAUAAGUUGCAGAAAGGUUCCUCUUCAACUGAAUCGAAAACUAUCAAAACUCCAGAUUCAGUAUCAGGUGGCAGUAGUCGUAAAAACUCAAUAUCGCCGUCAAGGCCCGAUAAACCACUAAUUACAAAGAAUUUAUCGGACCUAAAUAUAGGUUCAAAAAAGCUUAUUGUAAUUUCAGAAGAUUUCAAGAGAAAAUCACUUGAAAACACAGUUAUCAUAAUCAAUCAAACAGAAGAUGACGACAUAAAGCCACCUUAUCCAGUGCAGCAUCAGGAACUUGCGUUAAAAAACUUACAAAAUUCUAAAGAUAGAAGUCCCAGUGAAUGUGGUACAACAAUUAACAGCAGCAGUGAUUGUAUUGAUGAUAGUUUAAAUGCUAAUUUAAAAUCAAAUACGAAAACUACAACAAAGCGUAAAAAUUUAAAAGAAUUGAAAUCUUGGGGUAGAGAAAGUUCUGUGGAUGAUGUUGGUAAUCAGAUGGUUAGUCAUGCAUUUUGUUCAGCUGAGGAACCUGAUGAAUUAUGUCUUGAAAACAAAGAGAUUGUUGAAUCCAUUAAAUAAAAUAAACUUUCAAAAAUUAAGUCAAAACACGGCGAAAAGUCACGUCAAUAUAAGUAAAAAAUUAACUUAAUAUUUCUGAAAUUUGAAUGUUUAUUAAAGUAAUAUUUAAUAAUACAUGCAUUUUUGAAAUUUUCAUGGAAAAUAAUCAUAAUAUUUAUUAUUGUCUGAAGAGAAACGAAAUUACAUAAAUAUAAUAAAAAAAUAAUAAGUAUUUUAUUGCACUUUGAAAAUUUUCAAAAACAAAAAUAGUAAUUAUGUAAAUUAUAUAUGUAUGUAUAAAUUAUUUUUUUUAAAUACAUAAAUGCAUAAUUUUUAAUAACUUUAAAGAAUUGUGUUAAUACGAAUAGAUGAAUAUCCACAAAAGCCUUGUAAAGACAAACAAUGUAACGAUGUUUAGUGACAAGGAUAAUUGAAUAAGUAUUGAAGGCACAUUUAUGAAUGUUACAUAUAUAAUUUAAUUAUGAUUUUUAUUGUGUUAACAUUUUUAUAUAAUAUUUUAAACGAAUUUACUAUUGAAACCCUUUUUGCUUCUUUAAAAUCUUGAAAACGACAUUCUAAAAAUCCGAAGAGUACCAUAUUUUUGUGUAGUAUUUAGUAAGGCGGUAUUUUUAGCCUUACGCAGUUAUAAAAUAACUUAUUAAUGCGAGAAGUUAGUUUUUAGGUGUGUUUUUAAAUAUUUUUAGAUUAUUUCAAUAAAGUUUUACUUACCUUUCCGAAAACAGUAAUUUUUAUUUUUAAUUUUUUUCAAAUAUUUAGAAAAAAUCAUAAGGUUGCCAAAAGUCAUGCUUAUUUUUAUUCCUUGUAUCUGAGUAUCGAAUAUCUAAAUAUCUAAAAAAAAAUUUUAUUU